AAAGUUAUCUCCAGGCUCGCGCAUCCCACCGAGCGGUUGACUUCUCUCCACCACUUUUCAUUUUAACCCUCGAUCGUCAGACACAGAAAUGGAUUACGAAAACGACCCAGGAUGGAAGUACCUUCGCCGCAGUCGCGAGGAGAUGCUCCAGGAUCAAUCCCGCGCAUAUGACUCCAAGAAGAACGUCUGGAUCCCAGAUUCGGAAGACGGAUACAUUGAGGGUGUCAUCACUAAAACCGCUGGAGAUAAUGUAACUGUGUCCAUUGGACAGGGAGCCGAGAAGACUGUCAAAAAGGAUGUUGUCCAAGAGAUGAAUCCACCAAAAUUCGAGAAAACCGAAGACAUGUCUAACCUGACUUUCCUUAACGAUGCUUCCGUAUUGUACAACUUGAAAGCUCGUUAUGCUGCUAUGCUCAUCUAUACUUAUUCGGGUCUUUUCUGUGUUGUCAUCAACCCAUACAAACGUCUCCCAAUUUAUACCGAUUCCGUUGCCCGCAUGUUCAUGGGCAAGCGCCGUACCGAAAUGCCACCUCACUUGUUCGCCGUCUCUGACGAAGCCUACAGAAACAUGCUUCAAAACCACGAAAACCAGUCUAUGCUCAUUACCGGAGAAUCUGGUGCAGGAAAGACUGAGAACACAAAAAAGGUUAUCUCUUACUUUGCCGCUGUCGGUGCUGCUCAACAAGAGACCUUCGGAGCCAAGAAGGCCGCCACCGAAGAAGACAAGAACAAGAAGAAAGUCACACUUGAGGACCAGAUUGUCCAAACCAAUCCAGUUCUCGAGGCUUUCGGUAAUGCCAAGACUGUCCGUAACAAUAACUCCUCCCGUUUCGGAAAGUUCAUCCGUAUUCACUUCUCCAAGCAAGGACGUGUCGCUUCUUGCGAUAUUGAACAUUAUCUUCUUGAAAAGUCACGUGUGAUCCGUCAAGCUCCAGGAGAGCGUUGUUACCACAUUUUCUACCAAGUCUUCUCCGAUUACUUGCCAAACCUUAAAAAGGACCUCCUUCUUAACAAGCCAGUCAAGGACUACUGGUUCAUCGCUCAAGCUGAGUUGAUCAUUGAUGGUAUCAAUGACAAGGAAGAGCAUCAGUUGACCGAUGAGGCCUUUGAUAUCCUCAAGUUUACCCCAACUGAAAAGAUGGAGUGCUACCGAUUGGUUGCCGCCAUGAUGCACAUGGGUAACAUGAAGUUCAAGCAACGUCCACGUGAAGAGCAGGCCGAGCCAGAUGGCACAGAUGAUGCUGAAAGAGCCGCUAAGUGCUUCGGAAUUGACUCGGAGGAGUUCUUGAAGGCUUUGACUCGUCCACGUGUCAAGGUCGGAAACGAAUGGGUGAACAAGGGACAGAACAUCGAGCAGGUCAACUGGGCCGUCGGAGCUAUGGCUAAGGGACUCUACUCCAGAAUCUUCAACUGGCUCGUCAAGAAAUGUAACCAAACUCUUGAUCAGAAGGGAAUCUCUCGUGAUCACUUCAUCGGUGUGCUUGAUAUUGCCGGAUUCGAAAUCUUCGACUUCAACUCUUUCGAACAGCUUUGGAUUAACUUCGUAAAUGAGAAGCUUCAACAAUUCUUCAACCAUCACAUGUUCGUUCUUGAACAAGAAGAGUACGCUCGUGAAGGUAUCCAGUGGACCUUCAUCGAUUUCGGUCUCGAUUUGCAAGCCUGUAUUGAACUCAUUGAGAAGCCACUUGGUAUCAUUGCUAUGCUUGAUGAAGAAUGCAUCGUUCCAAAGGCUACUGAUUUGACCUUAGCCCAAAAGCUUAUUGAUCAACAUUUGGGCAAGCAUCCAAACUUCGAGAAGCCAAAACCACCAAAGGGAAAACAAGCCGAGGCUCACUUUGCCAUGCGGCACUACGCUGGAACUGUCCGUUACAACUGCUUGAACUGGCUUGAGAAGAACAAGGAUCCUCUUAACGACACCGUUGUCACCGUUAUGAAGGCUUCCAAGGAGCACGCUCUUAUUGUUGAGGUCUGGCAAGAUUACACCACCCAGGAAGAGGCCGCUGCCGCUGCCGCCAAGGGAACUGCUGGUGCAAAGAAGAAGGGAAAGUCUGGAUCGUUCAUGACUGUUUCUAUGCUCUACAGAGAAUCUCUCAACAAGUUGAUGACUAUGCUUCACUCUACUCACCCACAUUUCAUCCGUUGUAUUAUUCCAAACGAGAAGAAGGCUUCAGGAGUUAUUGAUGCCGGACUUGUGCUUAAUCAGCUCACCUGUAACGGAGUGUUGGAAGGAAUCAGAAUUUGCAGAAAGGGAUUCCCCAACAGAACCCUCCAUCCAGACUUUGUUCAGCGUUACGCUCUUCUUGCUGCCGAUGAGUCUAUCAUUGGAAAGACUGAUGCCAAAAAGGGAUCCGCUCUUAUGCUUGCUCGUUUGGUCAAAGAGAAGAAGCUCGAAGAAGAGAACUUUAGAGUUGGUCUCACCAAGGUCUUCUUCAAGGCCGGAAUUGUCGCCCACUUGGAAGACUUGCGUGACCAGAGCCUUGCUCAACUCAUCACCGGACUUCAAGCUCAAAUCCGUUGGUACUACCAAACAAUUGAGCGCAAGCGCCGUGUUGAAAAGAUCACAGCUCUUAAGAUCAUUCAAAGAAACAUUCGCAGCUGGGCUGAGCUCCGCACCUGGGUGUGGUUCAAGCUUUACGGCAAAGUCAAGCCACUCGUUAACUCUGGAAAGAUCGAAGCUCAAUAUGAGAAGCUUCAAGAGACUGUAGCUACUCUUAAGGACACUGUGGUGCAAGAGGAGGAGAAGAAGCGCCAACUCCAAGAGGGUGCGGAACGUCUCAACAAAGAGACGGCUGACCUCUUGGCGCAAUUGGAGGCUAGCAAGGGAAGCACCCGCGAAGUUGAGGAAAGAAUGACCGCCAUGAAUGAGCAGAAGGUUGCCCUCGAAGGAAAGCUUGCCGAUGCCAGCAAGAAGCUCGAAGUUGAAGAAGCUCGUGCCGUUGAAAUCAACAAGCAAAAGAAGCUUGUCGAGGCCGAAUGCGCUGACUUGAAGAAGAACUGCCAAGAUGUUGACCUCUCAUUGAGAAAGGUUGAGGCCGAGAAGAAUGCCAAGGAGCACCAGAUUCGUGCUCUUCAAGAUGAAAUGAGACAACAGGACGAGAACAUCUCUAAGCUUAACAAGGAGCGCAAGAACCAAGAAGAGCAGAACAAGAAACUCACCGAGGAUCUCCAAGCUGCUGAGGAACAAAACUUGGCAGCCAACAAGCUCAAGGCUAAACUCAUGCAAUCUCUUGAAGACUCCGAGCAGACCAUGGAGCGCGAGAAGAGAAACCGUGCUGAUAUGGACAAGAAUAAGAGAAAGGCCGAAGGAGAGCUCAAGAUUGCUCAAGAAACCUUGGAAGAGCUCAACAAGUCAAAGAGCGAUGCCGAAAAUGCUUUGAGACGCAAGGAAACCGAAUUGCACACCUUGGGAAUGAAACUCGAAGACGAGCAAGCUGCUGUUGCUAAACUCCAAAAGGGAAUUCAGCAAGACGAGGCUAGAGUCAAGGAUCUUCAUGAUCAACUUGCCGAUGAGAAGGAUGCUCGCCAACGUGCUGAUCGCUCGAGAGCCGACCAACAGGCUGAGUACGAUGAGCUCACCGAGCAACUCGAAGACCAAGCCCGUGCCACCGCUGCCCAAAUUGAGCUCGGAAAAAAGAAGGAUGCUGAGCUUACCAAGCUCCGUCGUGAUCUUGAAGAGUCUGGACUUAAAUUCGGAGAGCAACUCACUGUUCUCAAGAAGAAGGGAUCAGAUGCUAUUCAAGAGCUUUCCGAUCAAAUCGAGCAACUUCAAAAGCAAAAGGGAAGAAUUGAGAAGGAGAAAGGACAUAUGCAACGCGAGUUCGAUGAGUCCUCUGCUGCUCUUGACCAAGAAGCCAAGCUCCGCGCUGACCAGGAGAGAAUUGCCAAGGGAUACGAGGUCAGACUUCUUGAGCUUCGUCUCAAGGCUGACGAACAAUCCCGCCAGCUUCAAGAUUUCGUCUCCUCAAAGGGACGCCUCAACUCCGAGAACUCCGAUUUGGCCCGCCAAGUCGAAGAAUUGGAGGCCAAGAUCCAAGCUGCCAACCGCCUCAAACUCCAAUUCUCCAACGAAUUGGAUCAUGCCAAGAGACAGGCCGAGGAGGAAUCCCGCGAGAGACAAAAUCUUUCCAAUUUGUCGAAGAACUUGGCUCGUGAGCUUGAACAGCUCAAGGAAUCCAUCGAAGACGAAGUCGCUGGAAAGAACGAGGCUUCUCGUCAACUUUCCAAGGCUUCCGUUGAACUCGAUCAAUGGAGAACUAAGUUCGAGACCGAGGGACUCAUUGGAGCCGACGAGUUCGAUGAGGUCAAGAAACGCCAAAACCAGAAGACUUCGGAGAUCCAAGAUGCUCUUGAUGCCUGCAACGCCAAGAUUGUCGCACUCGAGAAUGCUCGCAGCCGCUUGACAGCUGAAGCUGAUGCCAACCGUCUGGAGGCUGAGCACCAUGCCCAAGCUGUCUCUUCAUUGGAGAAGAAGCAAAAGGCAUUUGAUAAGGUUAUUGAUGAAUGGAAGAAGAAGGUCGAUGACCUCUACCUCGAGUUGGACGGAGCUCAACGCGAUGCUCGUCAACUUUCCGGAGAAGCUCACAAACUCCGUGGACAGCACGAUACCUUGGCUGAUCAAGUUGAAGGACUUCGUCGCGAGAACAAAUCUCUCAGCGACGAGACCCGUGACCUCACCGAAUCACUUUCCGAGGGAGGACGUGCUACCCACGCUCUCUCCAAGAACCUUCGUCGUUUGGAAAUGGAGAAGGAAGAACUUCAACGUGGAUUGGACGAGGCUGAAGCUGCCCUCGAAUCUGAGGAAAGCAAGGCUCUCCGUUGCCAGAUCGAGGUUUCCCAAAUCCGUGCUGAAAUUGAGAAGAGAAUCGCCGAGAAGGAGGAGGAAUUCGAGAACCACCGCAAGGUUCACCAACAAACCAUCGACAGCAUCCAAGCUACUUUGGACUCCGAGACCAAGGCCAAGUCAGAGCUUUUCCGUGUCAAGAAGAAGUUGGAAGCCGAUAUCAACGAGCUGGAGAUCGCCCUCGACCAUGCGAACAAAGCGAACGAAGAUGCCCAGAAGAAUAUCAGACGCUACUUGGACCAAAUCCGCGAGCUUCAACAAACCGUGGAUGAGGAACAAAAGAGACGCGAAGAAUUCCGUGAGCACCUUUUGGCUGCCGAGAGAAAACUCGCUGUUGCCAAACAGGAGCAAGAAGAGCUUAUUGUUAAGCUUGAGGCUCUUGAGCGUGCCCGUCGUGUUGUCGAAAGCUCGGUGAAGGAACAUCAAGAGCAUAACAACGAACUCAACUCCCAAAAUGUUGCCCUCGCUGCUGCCAAGAGCCAACUCGACAACGAAAUUGCCCUUCUCAACAGCGACAUCGCUGAGGCCCACACUGAACUUUCCGCAUCCGAAGACCGUGGACGUCGUGCUGCCAGCGACGCCGCCAAACUUGCUGAGGACCUCCGCCACGAGCAAGAGCAAUCUCAACAACUUGAGAGAUUCAAGAAACAACUUGAAAGCGCUGUCAAGGAUCUCCAAGAGCGUGCCGACGCCGCUGAGGCAGCUGUCAUGAAGGGAGGAGCCAAGGCAAUCCAGAAGGCUGAGCAACGUCUGAAAGCCUUCCAGAGUGACUUGGAAACCGAGAGCCGUCGCGCCGGAGAAGCAUCCAAGACCCUUGCUCGUGCUGACCGCAAGGUCCGCGAGUUCGAGUUCCAGGUUGCUGAGGACAAGAAGAACUACGAUAAGCUCCAAGAAUUAGUUGAGAAACUCACAGCCAAGCUCAAGCUCCAGAAGAAGCAACUCGAGGAAGCUGAGGAGCAAGCUAACAGCCAUCUUAGCAAGUACAGAACCGUCCAACUUUCCCUUGAAACCGCUGAAGAGAGAGCCGAUUCCGCUGAGCAAUGUCUUGUCAGAAUCCGAAGCCGAACACGCGCCAACGCCGAGCAAAAGUAGAUCAACUGCUCUAAUUCCAUCUCGUUUCUCUCUUUUCUUUCAAUCUCUUUACCCGUUUCUCUUCCCCUACGUCCCCCAAACCUACCACUGCACAGUAACACAUACACAUUCAACGUGUCACAAUAAAAGCCCAUCAACACCUUCUCUGUUGUUUUUUUUCUUCAAAUGCAUUUUUUUCACUUUGUUUAAUAAUUUUUACGCAUCGGAUUUGUAGGAUAGUGGAAAUUUGUCCUUCAAUGCUUCAAUUGAUUCGACACUUCUCAAUAUUUUUGAUCAAUAAACCAUUGAUUUUCUAUUUAGAAGAAGAUCACUGUAAAUAACACCAAAAACAUCACAGCAAAAAAACUCCCACUCAAUUAUAUUACUGUUUUUAUUGAAACUAGAAUAAAUUUGAAAAUCUUC